CGAAUAUUCAAUUGGCUUACCAAAGAAGCUUCACUUUAAAGCAGCUGAUUUCUCUCUUCACCUUUCCAAACGAUUGAUCCAGAUGGCUCCGAUUAUGAUAGGUACUCAGACUAUAUAUAAGCAUACUAUACACACCGAAUAGAUUAAAUAUUCAAUUGGCUUACCAAAGAAGCUUCACUUUAAAGCAGCUGAUUUCUCUCUUCACCUUUCCAAACGAUUGAUCCAGAUGGCUCCGAUUAUGAUAGGUACUCAGGGGAAAAUGGCAUUUCUGCAUCUCCUUAUUGUCUUACUUGUUCCAUUGUUGACAAACAGCUCAGAAGACACAUCAGAGUUGCGACGUUGGUGCUUUUACACAAACUGGGCUCAGUACCGCAGCAAUGAAGGGAAAUUCGUGCCUGACGAUAUCGAUGCAACAUUGUGCACACAUAUUUCUUAUGCAUUUGCUAACAUCGUCAAUAACAGCUUAGUUGCGCAGGAAUGGAAUGAUGAAAACAGCAAGUGGUCAAAAGGAAUGUACGCCAGAGUUAACGAACUUAAAAUAAAUAAUAAGAAUCUGAAAACAAUGUUGGCUGUCGGUGGUUGGAAUAUGGGAUCUCUUCCAUUUACCCAUGUAAUUUCUAGCAAAGACAAUAGAAAAAAAUUCAUCGAAAACGUAAUAACAUUCCUUCGCAUACAUAACUUUGAUGGUUUAGAUAUCUGCUGGAUAUUUCCAACAAAAAGAGGAAGUCAAUCGGGUGACAAAGAAAAAUUUGGCAACUUACUUAAGGAAAUGAAAGAUGCGUUUAAGAAGGAAUCAAAAGAAAAGGAACUCCUUCUUGGAAUUGUUGUAGGGUCUAAGAAAUCAUUGAUAGAUGAAGCCUACGAUAUUGAUGCUAUAAAUAAAGCUGUUGAUGUAAUAUCAAUUAUGUCGUACGACUUUUAUUCACCUCAAGAUUCUGAGUAUGCGAUGCACCCAAGUGCUCUUUACUCUGGUAACUCCACAAAUGAGGAUGAGUACGAAAGAAAUGUCAACUUUACAGCUCAUUACUGGAAUAGUCUUGGUGUUCCUAAGAAAAAGAUUAAUAUCGGUAUACCAUUUUAUGGUCGCAGUUUUUUCACCGGAUCGCAUACACCUGAGAAAGGUGUAAAAGAAGGUCUUCCUUCUUUCGGUAAAGGAAAUGGAGGAAUAUAUACAAAAGACAAAGGCUUUCUAGCUUACUACGAGACAUGUAUACUUGAAAAAAAAAGUGUUUUCAUGGAAGACAGAGGAGUCCCCUUUAUUGCUGUGGACAAUGAUUGGAUUGGUUACGAAAACAUCGAGAGUGUCAAGUUGAAGGCUAAUUUUGCCCUGCAAAACAAUUACGGUGGUUUGAUGUUUUGGACGCUGGAUUGGAUGAUUUCAAGGGAAUAUGCAAUGGUGGUGAAAAAUAUCCGCUUCUUACAGCUGCCAACUCAGUUGUCAAUAAGGAUCAGUCCACAAAAGAAAACACCAAAGAUUCCAGUUAAUGAAAUGAGCCGUGUUAUGGACAAGAACUGUUACGAAAUUAUCUCAGAUCCUGUUGGAAUUUGCUGGCAGUAUCACAAUGAAUAGCUUUGAAUCUUUGUUAGCUUAUGUGUAAUUUUCAAAUUAAGAAUCAUAUAAUCGUUAUAUAUAAGGACCAGAAUAAAACAAACAGCAAAAUUUAAAGAAAACAGUAACAUUUAAUUAAUUCUUAUCGAUUACUAACUCAUAUUUUGAUUGUCGCAAUUAAUACUAUUUUUAACAUUUUAGAGUCUUACGUAUAUUAAUAAUGUAUUUUUUUUCUUAGAAAAUAAAAACCAAAUAUAAUAUGCAUAA